AUGUCGAACUUCAAAGUCAUUAUCAUAGGGGCCGGGCCCACGGGGUUGACAGCCGCGCAUGCGCUGUCGAAGGCGGGUAUAGACUUUGUCGUGCUUGAGCGACGCACCGAAAUUUUUGAAGAUGUUGGAGCAUCUCUUGUUCUUUUCCCGCACAAUCUCCGGGUGCUGGCUCAAUUUGGGCUCUUGGAAAAGUUGCAGAAGCUAGGCCAUGAAGUGCUGCGUUGGGCGGAUUACACGGAGCUGGGCAUGUAUAUGGAAAGCUGGCACACGCAUACCCUACGGAACAAUCACGGCUCGUAUUCGUUCAUGUAUCAUCGGGCAGAACUCAUCAAAGCCAUCCAUGACGGUCUCAGCGAGGAGGACCAAGCACGAAUCUAUGUGGACAAGAAACUGGAAAGUAUCGACGAAACAGACGACGGUGUAGUCGUCAAAUGCGCUGACGGGUCGACGUAUGAAGGGUCUAUCGUACUUGGUGCGGACGGAGUGCACAGCAAGACCCGGAGGCUUAUGCGAGAACUGGCCCUGAGCAAAUCUCCAGACGCCGAUGUCAAUGACAUAGAGCCUUUUCAGCAUCAGUACAAGACCAUGUGGUGCUCAUUCCCAAGGCGAUGGGAGUUCGCCCCGGGCGAUCACUGUAUCACCCACGGAAACACAUCCUCACUUCAAUUGCUGAAUGCAUCCAACCGCGCGUGGUUGUUCGUUUACGAGAAGCUCGAGAAGCCGACCACGGAGCGAGUGUCUUUCUCGAAAGAGGACAUGGAGGAGUUCGCCAAAAAGCACGGCGAAAUGAAACUCGGCGACCGCCUCAAGGUCAAGGACGUAUUCCCCUGCAGGACGAGCGGCGGCAUGGCGAACCUCGAGGAGGGAAUCCUGAAGCACUGGAGCGGCGGCCGCAUCGUCCUCGCGGGCGACUCUUGCCACAAGUUCACGCCAAAUGCCGGGCUCGGGUUCAACAACGCCAUCCAGGACAUCGUCGCGCUCGUGAACGAGCUCCACAGCUUCCUCAAUACCAGCGGCAAGGACACCGCGCCGAGCGAGACCGAGCUGGCUGCGCUGUUCUACCGGUACCAGGAUGCGCGCAGCGAGUCGGUACUGGAGGACUACAAGUUCUCGGCCCACAACACACGGCUGUGUGCCUGGCCGAACACGACUUACUGGCUGGUGGACCAAUACGUGAUGCCUGCGAUCCCCUCCCUGAACAAUCUCCUCACAAAGUACAAAUUUUCGCCUACCAUCAGCAAGGCACUGUGUCUGGAUUUCGUGGAAGGCGAUGAGCCUUUUGAGGGCAAGGUGCCGUGGGUGCAUCCUGUCAAGAAGCCUCAAAAGUAG